GUGAAUACAUCGACAUUAGCUUCAUCGACACACACCGCAUGGCAUCGACUUCGACCUCGCAAUAACACCGAUCCUCCUCCGCCACGUUUCGACACCCUCACCUCACACUACCUACACACCCACCACGCAACAUGAUCCUCAGAUUCCAGAGCCGCAAUGGCCAGUUCCGCCUCACAGUCGAGCCUACCACCGACAUUUCCUCCAUACUCUCCGACGUUCUCGAGAAACUCCCCAAUGACACCGUUGCAUCCACCGUCACCAUCUCCCCGAAGCCUGCAGGCGCCGACUCAAGACCGAUAGAAUCAUUGAAAGGCGUCACGUUUGGAAAGUUGGGACUCACACACGGCACGCAAAUCUUCAUCGACUACAAACAGAAUGAUGCACCUCCAACCAACGGCCAAUCGGUCGCGGCGAACAAGCUCAACGGCAACCAGGUCAACCCAGAAGAGAUGGCAUCAUCAGUGGCAAUACCUGCAAAUACGGCGCAGAAGCUCAUUCAAAAUCCAUGGGAGUCGGUCAAGCAGUCUGCGCUCGACGAUCGGUUAGAUCAGCGGGAUGGCAAGAUCAAGCGAAAGAGGAACGACAUGAUGUGUAGUCAUGGACCGAAGGGCAUGUGUGAUCACUGCAGUCCGUUGGAACCAUACAGCAAGGACUACCUCGACGAGCACAAGAUCAAGCAUCUGUCAUAUCAUGGAUAUCUACGGAAAGUGAACCAGGGCAAGAACAAGUAUCAGCAGGGAAGCUCGUACAUGCCGCCACUGUCGGAGCCAUACUUUCGUGUCAACCCGAACUGCCCUUCAGGACAUGCUCCAUUUCCUGCUGGAAUCUGUACGAAAUGCCAACCAUCCGCCAUCAGUCUGCAACCGCAAGAGUACCGUAUGGUGGAUCACGUCGAGUUUGAGCAGUCAGAGAUCGUCAACAAGUUCCUCAACUUCUGGCGUGGAGGUGGAGCGCAGCGUAUUGGAUUCCUCUACGGCCACUACGAGGAGUACGAUCAAGUCCCGCUCGGCACAAAAGCCGUCGUGGAAGCAAUCUACGAGCCGCCGCAAGUCGAUGAAGUUGAUGGUGUGACCCUCUCCGAAUGGCCGAACGAGGCGCAGAUCGAGAAGCUCGCCGGUUUCUGCGGUCUUCAACGACUCGGCGUCAUCUUCACUGACCUCCUCCGCCCUGAAGAAGGCGAACAAACCGCCGUCUGCAAACGCCACAUCGACUCCUACUUCCUCUCCUCCCUCGAAAUCAUGUUCGCCGCUCGCUACCAAGCACAAUACCCACGUCCCUCGAAAUGGAGUGAGACUGGCCAAUUCGGCAGCAACUUUGUCACCUGUGUCAUCUCCGGCGACGCAGAAGGCAACAUCGGCAUCUCCGCAUACCAAGCCUCCAAUGCUGCCGUGGAGAUGGUGACAGCCGACAUCAUAGAAGCCUCCGCAGAUCCCAGCGUCAUGCUUGUCAUUGAUGAAGACGAAGAGAAUGCCAUCGGACGCAAGCGCUAUAUUCCCGAAGUGUUCUACCGCCGCCUGAACGAGUACGGCAGGAACGUGCAAGAGAAUGCCAAACCCUCCUUCCCUGUCGAGUACCUCCUGGUCACACUCACGCACGGAUUCCCGAAUGAAGUCAACCCGAAGUUUGUGAAGUGCGACUUUGCGAUCGAGAAUCGUGAUGCGCUAGGCGAACUUCAAGAGCAGAGAGACUUGCAGAAACAUUUGCGCGCCGGCGCGAAUAGAGUCGCGCUGGACACCGUCGAGGGCACGCUCGCUGUGUCCGACUUCCAUUUGCUGGGUUACGUGAUGUCGCUGGAUAUCUUGAGUGAGGGUGACAAGCAAGAAUUCGAAGGCGAAGCGGGAAUGGAGGUGAUGGACACGUGGAGAAGACGACUGUCGCAGUCCAACUCGGAUGGCAAUGGUCGCCACAGACGAUAUUUCUCUCGCACGCAGAUGCUUUCAGAUGUCGAGCGCGAGGCCGAACACAUGGAGUAAUCAUCACGGAAUGAUAGCCAUUCCAGAAAUGCAAAAGUCCAAGGACGCGAGAGCCAAUGGAGAUCCAUGCCGAAUAUGCUCGUAGUACUCAAUCCUCGUCCACCGCAGUUUCUUGUUCUCUGAGAUCAACAUCCUCUGCGACUGGUGCAGUUCGGGGAACAGAACCGCCAACAAGGAGGCUGGUGCCGGCGUGCGUCUUGUACCGCUCGCUGUGUUGUGACCGUUCUCGUUGUGGGCCGUGACGGCGACACUCACUAUCCGGUCUCUCGAAAGCGUGUGCGUGGAAUUGAGAAUGAGUGGAGAGAAGAAAAGGCUUAAUACGUGUGUACGCUCGAGCGACGCGUUCCGUGCCAUAUGAGUACGGUAGGUUUGACAUCUCCGCUCCUCACCUUGAGCAUCUCCCGGGACAUCUUUCCUGCUGGCCGGGCGGAUGACCACGCAUUCGACUACUCUUCGUGACUAGAAGACAGUAAUGGAUGGCUCCCUCGUGAUACGAAGACACCCUGUCCACCGCUUCGCCAAGGUCCAUGAAAUCGAUUACCCCAUAACAACUCCCU